AUGUCACGACCACCUCGCAGAGGCAAAGGACUGAAAGACGAGAAUCAAGAAGAUGAACUAGCUCAUGAACCGUCUCGACUUCUCACUUCAAUCUUGAAGACAUUGGAUUUGACUUUCGAGAGGGACAUAGGCAUGUUGAAUGGGAAGAACGUACGAUCUUUACCAGCACUUCAGCCACUACAAAACUUACAAGGGCUUUUGAACAAGUUAGAGUCCACCUUAGAACGAAUUUCGGCAGGCGAUCGGACUACAAUAGCUGCUAUCAAGGAGAUCUUGGAAAACCCUCCUGCGCCGCCAGAACCCGAGAACCCUCGAAUAGGGACACCUCAAGUGUCAGAAUCGGCAGUCAUCGAAGAACCCGCUAGCGAUGAAGAGGCUAAUUCCGUUCCUGUGUCGAGGCAAGCUGCUACGCGUAAGCGGUCCCUUAAAGUCGAAGACGACGAAGAUGAGGAUCCUGAGCACCAGCUGGCCCGCAAGACGACUCCCUCGCAAAAUACAGAGCAGGAAGAACCUCUCGAGAAGAAAACCAAGCAUGAAAUAGAUCUAAUAGAGAGUGACCCGUCCGUCAAGAAUCCCAAGUCUGAGUUCGUAGUUUCUCAGACCCUUCCGGCUGCUGCCGUGACUUUAGGGCUGUUUACCAAUAAAGGACUAGAAAACACAGGCGAGGACCUGCUCAAAAAACAGUACGGGGUCUCCAGUUAUCCAGCAAGCGACUUGAAGGACCUCCUCCCCGGUGAAAUUCCAGACAUGGAUUUUUCCAGGCCCAAACCUACUAAUCAAAUUCAAUACACCACCUUUUUGACAUCGGUUGAUAAUUUCUUUCGUGAAUUGAACGAGGACGAUGUCAAGUUUUUAAAAAACAAGUACCUGAUACCGCCUAACGUUACUGUGGAACGAUCUUAUGAUCCAGAGGUAACACCAUAUGUCAUUCCCAAGUUAGGUCCUUUGUACUCUGACGUUUGGGCCAAAGAAUACGAUAAUCAGAACAUUGCUAACCUGUCGCCACCACCUCUGCAUGACCCUUCUAGCAUUCUGCCCAAGAAAUCGAGCGAUGAUUUAGAUGAUGACGCGUUAGAAACAGAGGAAGUAUCAUGCGGCCCGUUGGUAUCUCGGCUUCUUUCUGCGAUCAUGAAAGAUGAAAGCAAAGCUGAGAACGAGUCGGAAUUAAUAGCAGACGAUGAAUCAAAGGGAUUUACUCCAAAUGCAGGAAACUCAGCACUCACGCCAUCAAGCGAAAUGGAGGACGAGAAGCUGCCCAAUCCUUCCUCGACCAGUGCAAUCGCUCAACAGCAAGGUUGGAAAGUCAAUAGCGUUAACCUUGAUUACCCCUCUUUCGAAGAACGUCUGAAGAGGGAACUCAAGUACGUGGGAAUUUACAUGAACUUGCCCAAGGAUGAGGACAAUAACUACGGCGAUGACCCUGAUUGGCUGACUGGCCGAGAAGACGAUGAAAUCAGCGCAGAAUUGCGUGAGUUACAGAGCGAACUCAAACAAGUUACUAAAAGGAACAUAAAAAGAAAGGCAAUUCUGGUACCGCUAGUGGAACGUCGCCUUGCUUGGCAAGAGUACGCUUCCAUUCUAGAUGAUUUGGACAAACAAACUGAUCAGGCAUAUAUUAAAAGAAUAAGAGCUCCGAAGAAUAAGAAGAAGAAACAGCAGGCGAUGGCGUCAGGUAUGGGCUCCACAUCCCAAGCUGCAAUUCAAGCAGCACACCAGCAAGCUGCGAGUUCAAGCUUGAAGUCUCUUCUAGAUAAAAGAAGGCGCUGGGUUUCAAAAAUAGGACCUCUAUUUGAUAAACCGGAAGUAAUGAAACGAAUUCCCAAAGAAAGUGUCUUUAGAGAUCUGGAUCAAGAGGAAGAAGACGAAGAUGCUGACGUUUUCGGGAACAGUGGCAACAAUAAGGAUGACGAACUGACCGAUAGCCUACAAAAUAAAGAUGAAUGA